AUGAAGAUGCAAAAAUUCAAGUUUCUUCAUACUCUUCUACUAUUGAUUUUCUAUGCCAAACACACCAUAGCAGAAAACAACAUAGAACAAUCCAAAAAAACAUACAUAGUCCACAUGGAGAAGUCCACCAUGCCAGCAAGUUUCAAUGAUCACCACAAUUGGUUUGAAUCAUCAUUGCAAUCAGUAUCAGAAUCAGCAGAGAUGCUAUACACCUACAAGCAUGUAGUCCAUGGCUUCUCAACAAGGCUAACUAACCAAGAAGCCGAGGCGCUCUCGAAGCAACCAGGAAUCCUUUCGCUAAUACCGGAGCGCAAAUACGAGCUUCACACAACAAGAACACCAUACUUCCUUGGAUUGGAUCUAACUCUUGCUAGUUUGGAUAGAUUUAGCACCCAUUUACCUGCUUCUGUGGCAGAGAGUGAGGUAAUUAUUGGAGUAUUAGACAGUGGUAUAUGGCCUGAACAUGAGAGCUUAGAUGACACUGGAUUUGGCCCAAUACCAAGUAGAUGGAAAGGUGAAUGUGAAUCUGGAAAGAACUUCAAUUCAUCACACUGUAACAGGAAACUUAUUGGUGCAAGGUUUUUCCACAAAGGGCAUGAACAAGUUAGUGGGCCUAUCAAUGAAGAGAAGGAAUCUAAGUCACCAAGGGAUGAAGAAGGCCAUGGAACUCACACCUUAACUACAGCAGCAGGUUCCAUAGUUUCCGGAGCGAGCUUCUUCGGCUUAGCUCCGGGGACAGCCAGAGGAAUGUCAACACAAGCCCGUGUAGCAUCUUACAAGGUAUGCUGGAAAAGAGGUUGUUACUCCUCCGACAUAGCCGCCGCCAUCGACAAGGCCAUUGAAGACGGCGUCGAUAUCCUCUCCAUGUCCCUUGGCUCCAAACUAGACGAAUACUACCAAGAUCUUAUCGCAAUUGGUGCUUUCAGAGCCACCUCCCAUGGAAUUCUUGUUUCCAUUUCAGCCGGAAAUAGCGGCCCGUUUCCGGGAAACAUAUCCAACGUGGCAGCAUGGAUGACAACUGUCGGUGCUGGUACCAUAGACCGUGAUUUUCCGGCGUACGUCAGCCUUGGAAAUGGGAUGACAUACACCGGAUCAUCACUCUACAUGGAAGUGUCGAGUAAGUUACUGGACACUCCCCUGCCACUAGUUUAUGCCGGGAAUGUGAGCAAUUCAACGCUGGAAAACCGCUGCGAAACAAACACACUGAUUCCUUCUAGAGUGUCCGGGAAGAUUGUGCUAUGCAAGAGAGGAGGAAGUGGAAGAUUCAAGAAGGGAUUAGAAGUGAAGAGAGCUGGUGGAAUUGGAAUGCUUGUAGGGAACGGUGAAGAACAUGGAGAGGAGUUAGUUGCUGAUGCACACCUUGUUCCUGCAGCAUUGUUAGGGAAGAAAGCGAGUGAUGCCAUAAGAGAUUAUAUUUUGUCUUGUUCGAAUGCCACGGCUACGCUUUCCUUUGGAGGCACUCAGCUACAGGUUCAGCCUUCUCCGGUGGUGGCUGCUUUCAGCUCCAGAGGACCCAAUCCUCUCUCGCCCAAGAUACUUAAACCGGAUUUAAUCGGACCGGGAGUUAACAUCCUUGCUGGAUGGACCGGAGCUUCUGGACCCACUGGUUUGGAAGAAGACAGUAGGCGCACCACCUUCAACAUUAUGUCCGGUACAUCAAUGUCAUGCCCUCAUAUAAGCGGUUUAGCGGCCAUCCUUAAGGCAGCACACCCAGAAUGGAGCCCUGCCGCAAUAAGGUCUGCCCUUAUGACAACAUCAUACACAACAUACACAAAUGGAUACCCUAUUAUGGACAUUGCCACACAACAACCAGCUACACCCUUUGACUUUGGUGCCGGACACGUGGAUCCACUCCUAGCCCUUGAUCCUGGCCUUAUCUAUGAUGCAGAUAUACAUGACUACCUCAACUUCCUCUGUGCCUCAAACUAUAACUCUUCUCAAAUUAAGGUUCUUGCUAGAACAGACUUUACUUGUGUCCCAAGCAUGACCUACAGGGUUGAAGAUCUCAACUACCCUUCUUUUGCUGUUCCUUUUGAAACACCCAAUAAUAGUGUCCAAUACUCAAGGACAUUGACCAAUGUGGGUGCCCUAGGAACAUAUAAAGCUUCAGUGUCGUUCCAGUCAGACACAUUAGUGGAAAUUGUGGUUGAACCUGAAACACUUACCUUCACUGAAUUGUUUGAGAAGAAGAACUACACUGUGACAUUCACAUCUUCUAAUUCAGUAGCUCUAGGCACAAAUAGCUUUGCUUAUCUGAAAUGGUCAGAUGGACAGCACAAGGUUGUUAGUCCGAUUGCAUUUAGUUGGAUAUGAUUAUCAAUGAAUGAAUGAAUAUUGAAGUUUCUAACUCUUUAGAUUAAUUUAAAGGUAGAAAUGCGCGUACUGUUGUUUUUAUGUAGU